AACUCCCCCUCAGAACCUCCCUCCUCUCAGCCAGAAGUCAUCCAGCCGAUCUUUGACCGUUUUUCCUCCAGCAUGGCUUUGCACACCUCAGGUCUGAUAGUAAUGGUCGCCUUCUAUCUGCUGGUGAUGGCCAUCGGCAUCUGGGCAUCUUUCAAGUCAAAGAGGAUGGAGAAGAACUCCCUGAGUGGGCAGAUGGAGGUGUCUUUUCUGGCCAACCGGAGGGUAACUCUCGCUGUGGGGGUCUUCACAAUGACAGCCACAUGGGUCGGAGGUGCUUUCAUUAUUGGGGUUGCAGAGACAGUUUACGACCCUACAAAAGGACUCGUCUGGGCUCUCAUACCUCUACAAAUGUCUCUUUCAUUCAUCAUCGGUGGUCUGUUCUUUGCAAAGCCGAUGCGCGACAAAAAAUACAUCACCAUGAUGGAUCCGUUCCAGAAGAAAUACGGGAAAACCCUGACGGGGCUUCUUGCUGUCGUUCCCUUCGUCAGCGAAGUGAUGUGGGUUCCCGUCACGCUGAUUUCUUUGGGAGUUACUGUUUCAGUAUUUUCCGAUCUGCCAUUGAGCCUUUGCAUUUGGAUCUCUGCGGCGGUGGCUAUCCUCUACACAGUACUCGGAGGUCUUUAUUCAGUUGCUUUUACUGAUGUCAUCCAGUUAUCACUGGUCUUUUGUAGCUUGUGGCUUUGCACUCCCUUCGUUCUGGCAAGCGACGUUUACUCUGACCUCAGCCUGACCGCCUUUAACCACACAUAUCAGGCACCCUGGCUUGGAAGACUGGACCCAGACGACAUGUGGAGAUGGAUCGAUAACUUCCUCGCAAUGAGCGUUGGAAAUUUGGCUUUCCAAGACUUCCACCAAAGAACCCUUUCGUCCUCCUCUACCUUCACAGCCAGGAUGAUGUGCUUCAUAGCGGCAGGAGUGGUGCUCAUUUUGGGGAUUCCACCCGUGCUGAUCGGCGCCGUCGCAGCUUCAACAGACUGGAACAUGACGUCGUAUGGAUCGCCGUCUCCAUACGAGCGAGGAGAGUCAGCUAUGGUGUUGCCCAUCGUCCUUCUACAUCUGACCCCUACGGCUGUGUUCGUGGUGGGAAUGGGAGCCAUUGCUGGUGCUGCCAUGUCCUCCACGGACUCCUGUCUGCUGGCUGCAACCUCCAUCUUUACCACCAACAUCUACAAGAUGAUCAGAAAUCAGGUUUCGGAUAGGGAGCUGCAGUGGGUGAUCCGCAUCACCAUCCUGGUUGUUGGAAUUGGAGGAACGUCCCUCACCUAUGUGGACAGCAGAGUUCUGGCCUUUUGGAUCCUGAGUUCCGACUUGACCUACACCAUAAUGCUCCCCCAGCUCAUCUGCGUCCUCUUCAUCAAGGUUUCUAACAGUUAUGGCGCAAUGGCUGGCUACAUUAUAGCCUUUGUUAUGAGGGUUCUAUGCGGGGAACCUGUCUUCAGUUUGCCUGCCAUUCUUCGCUUCCCAGAUGGGACGUUUGAGGAUGGCGUUUAUAUACAGCGCUGGCCCUUUAAGACCAUCUGCAUGCUGACGUCUCUGGUCACAAUUGUUACGAUUUCAUAUGUCACCGCCUUGUUGUUCAACAAGGGGAUCCUUCCUGAGAGUAUGGAUGUGUUCAAAGUGAAGGCUUGGGGAGUCCUUUCACCACCAGAGGAAGCUCCAGAGUAUGAAGAUGACAAUGAAAAGGUCUCUUCUGAACCAAUGCUCGAUUCCAAAUGCUAAAUAACUCUUUGUCUGUUUCUGCUGAUGUCAUGAAUGAAACUGUGAUGUAAUGAUUUUGAUGCAUUUUUUUUUAUAUCCAAAG